AUGGAUAACAUGUCUUAUCCUGUGAUACUGACUCUUAUGGUACCCAAAGAAUCAAAAACAUAUAGGUAUAUUUAUUUUGUGUGCUUUCUUUUCCUCUGUCUGCUUAUAUUGUCAAUUAAUAUUCGCCUUGUUAUGGUCAUAAUCAUGGAGAAAGCUCUCCAUGAACCAAUGUACAUAUUCUUGAGUCAUCUGUGUAUAAAUGGGGUUUUUGGAGCCUCAGGAUUCUACCCGAAAUUUUUGUCUGAUUUAAUGCUAGAUUCAUAUGUGAUCUCCUCUCACAUGUGUGCUCUCCAAACAUAUGUUAUCUACAGCUCUUUACUUUGUGAGUUUACAAUUUUAACAGUGAUGUCUUAUGAUAGAUAUGUAGCCAUAUGCAGACCUUUAGACUAUCAUUCCAAAUUAACUAAAAUCACAUGUGUUAGAUUAAUUAUUUUAUCCUGGAUUGUACCCAACUGCUUUGUGGUUCCAGGAGCCCUGUUAUCUAACUUGAGGCCAUUUUGUAAAUAUCACAUUGACAAAUUAUACUGUGACAACUGGUCAAUUGUAAAGCUUUCUUGUGUGUCAUCUUCUGUUAAUAACGUCUAUGGAUAUUUUGUUGCUGUCAUAUUUGUGAGCUGUGCAGUUUGUAUUAUAGUGUCCUAUAUUAAACUGAUCGCUGCAUGUAAAGCAUCUUUAGAAAAUAGAAGGAAAUUCUGGCAAACAUGUUUGCCACACAUAUUAUCACUGAUAAAUUUCACUUUUGCUAUGCUUUUUGAUAUAAUGUAUAGCAGAUAUGGUGCAAGUGAUAUUCCAGAAAGCCUACGCAAUUUUUUGGCUUUAGAAUUGGUUAUAGUCCCACCUGUAUUUAAUCCUCUAAUCUAUGGAUUAAAUGUUACCGUAGUACGCAAAAGAGUUUUUACUUCAUGCAAUACAGCAAGAAAGAAUGUUUCAGAAACUCGAAAAAGGGGUAAAACCAAACAAAUUGUUAAUCGCUGUACCGUACUGCUACAGUGA